CUAUGGCAGUGUCUCCACAUUCUGUCUCGCACAUCCACCUGUAGCAGUGCUGAGGGACUUUGCCCUCCAAAUUCUUAUUCACAAAGAUGCUGCUUCACAACCUCCUUCAAUACAAGCCUGGAAUGAUCUGCCAUUACCUGUUUGUCUAAAUUGUUUUAGAAGCGAGUUUCCACCCUCAGGACAAGGUUUGCUAAUGCUUCAGGAUCAAGCACCAGAGUUUUUCCCUACUUUGAUGUGCAUUACCCAUCCUCUUAUGAAUUCUGUUCAUGCUGGCAGCGGCUACAGCAGAGAGGGGCAGAAUCAGUCAGAAAUGAUCCAGGGAACUCCUGAGCCUUUCACCCAGGGAGAGAGAGAAAGGGAAAAGUUCCCCAAGCAUCAAGAGCUUUCCAGCCAUAUGUGCGUAAAAAUUUCUCCCCAUGCCACGUGACAGAGGAAGAGGCGCAGACCCAUUACACAAUAAUAAAAAUAUGCCUUUGGCAACGUUGAUGCAGAACCUGGCGCUGCUGCAGGAAGCCCGCGACCCGCACAAAGAGCAGUGAAACCUUAAAGAACACAGACCCAGGUCAAUACCGCAGACCCCUUGAAGGACGCUGCUGCGGCCGGACGGGGCUCGGGCUCUGCAGCAAAACAGCUGCUUAAAGGCGAGUGGUUUCCAGCGCCUGUCAAGAUCUCACUGAAGGGAUCAGUCCUGGCUGCACCAUGAUCUCUGCUGUCCUCCUCCUGUGGACUGUGCCUUGUGUGGCAAACCACAUCGUGGGGGGCUUUGCCAAGGGAGCUCUGCAUGAAGGUACCCAACUGGCAUGCAGCCUGCCUGGCCCCCCUGGGCCACCCGGCCCCCCUGGUGCACCCGGGGCUCCAGGAACGGUUGGUAGGAUGGGAUUCCCAGGCAAGGAUGGCAAGGACGGCAAGGAUGGGGAUAAAGGCGAGCACGGAGAUGAAGGUCCACAAGGCAGAACGGGAAACCCCGGCAAACCAGGCCCAAAGGGGAAAGCGGGAGCUAUUGGCAAAGCAGGACCACGAGGGCCCAAGGGUUUAAAGGGUAAUCCUGGAAAAAAUGGGGCCCCAGGGAAAAAAGGGCCCAAAGGGAACAAGGGUGAGACUGGACUGCCAGGACCGUGUACUUGUAAUGCCAACAAAGCCAAGUCUGCCUUCUCUGUGGCAGUCUCCAAGAGCUACCCAAGGGAAAGGCUGCCCAUCAAAUUUGACAGGAUCCUGAUGAACGAGGGAGGACAUUACAAUGCUUCCAGUGGGAAAUUUGUAUGCAGCAUCCCAGGUAUUUACUACUUCACUUAUGAUAUCACUUUGGCCAACAAACAUUUGGCCAUUGGCUUGGUCCACAACGGGCAGUACCGGAUUAAGACUUUUGACGCAAACACUGGGAACCAUGACGUUGCCUCUGGAUCAACCAUCCUUUCUUUGAAACAGGAGGAUGAGGUAUGGCUGCAGAUAUUUUACUCAGAACAAAAUGGGCUCUUUUAUGAUCCUUACUGGACAGACAGCUUAUUUACUGGUUUCCUGAUAUACCCUGAUCAAGAUUAUCUCAAUGAAAUAUGAUAAACUAACCUGUGGGAAAAAAACAGGAAAUGCGUGCGACCUCAGUCCAGCAAAAUGUAGCCUGUACAUGGACAUGAGUGGAAUUAUCAUACAUUUCCACAUUUUUGGCGCUAGCAGCCUGUAUUGGCUAUUCAGAUAUUCACUUGAUGGCAUCAACUGCUCCACAGGGUACCAGCACCAGCAGGACUCACCUUUCAGCAGCCUCAUUAAUCUCUCAGUCUCGAAGCCACCCAGUGUGUUUUCUCAGAUUUCAGCCUCCAUGUCCCAGCUCUGGAGUCCUGCAUCUGGUUACUCUGCAACAUGCCAUGCACAUGUAAUUCACAUACUGGUGCUGAAUGCUUUAUUAUAUUAUUGUUAUAAAACCUGGAAACCAACAACCAUUUCCUGAAGGCUGAGCUCAGAAGUGCCACUGAUGUUAGAGACUGUAUCACUGCACCUCCUCCCCCUACACCCUAUAAUAGUAA